AUGUCUUCGAUCGCUGCCAUGGCCUCUCGCCGGGCCUUCGCCCGCCAAUCCCUCCUUCGCGCUCCCCAGCGCCGCUUCCAGUCCUCCAAGCUGGAGCAGGCCAGCCUCGACAAGGCUCCCAAGCGUGACCCCGAGCUCUACGUCCUCCUUGGUGUCAUGUCUGGUGCUUUCCUGCUUGCCGGAUGGUACUUCGGCCGCAAGCCCACCUCCGUCACCUCCGAGAGCAACGUCCGCAUCGGCGAGAGUGCCAUGCCCUGGGAGCAGGCCGAUGCCGAGGGCAAGGUCUACAAGUACCAGUACCACCCCCACGGUGACAAGAGCCAGCCCCUGCGCAACGCUCCCAGUGCCUUGAACACUGUCAUCGUCCCCAACGUUACUCUCCCCGCCGACCUCCACGAGCGCUUCAACAAGUACGGUAAGGAGGAGUGGGACUACUAA